UAUGGCUCGUCAUCGCUAAAAUUCUGCUAAACAAAUCUUCUAUUAAAAAAUUUGAAUUUUUUAGUGAUACAAUGAUUUACUUUGAAAUAAUUUUAUCGUCUUAUUCUUUUACUAUUAGUAUGCGUACCUGAUACUUAUGAUAUUCCGUGUAGGUGAAGCAGAUGCAAUUAGACAAUCUUAAAAGAUGUGGUUAAAUCCGUACGUCUUGUAGCCGGCAAGAGGCGAAGAUAGUAGACGCAUACUAUACCCAAUGGAGUGGACCGUAUUCUUGUGAUUUUUGGCUUGAAGUAGAUUUUACCAAUUCUUCGCUUUGCGGAAAAUUUUAUUCAAAGUCUAGUUAAGUGUGUAAUCUCUACAGCGUAUCAUAUCAUGGCCUCGUCAAAUAGAAGAUUUCAAAUCGGUUCUGCUUGGUUUCAAACAAAAAUUAACCUAAGACCACAGCGUCGAGGUAUCCAUCACGUCACCGAGGAAAUUUUAAGAAGAAUUCCUGAACUGUGCGAAUUUUCUGUUGGACUGUGUCACAUACAAAUUCUUCACACAUCAGCAAGUUUAGCACUAAAUGAAAAUUGGGAUCCAGAUGUUAGAGAUGAUGUAGAAAUGAUGCUUAAUAAAAUAAUUCCUGAAGGUUUGGCCUAUAGACACAGUUGUGAAGGACCAGAUGAUAUGCCAGCACAUAUAAAGGCAUGUUUUCUGGGUUCUUCAUUGAGUAUUCCAAUUACUGAUGGCAAAUUGACUUUGGGUACAUGGCAAGGAAUUUGGUUGUGUGAACACCGUAAUGAUGCUGGGAGUCGCAAAAUAGCUAUUACAUUAACUGGUUGUCUCAGGGAUCCUGCACGUAGUCCUUUGAGCCUUGUUAGUCCAAUUGCCUCUACUAGCAGCUAGGACUACUCACAC